AUGUACGUUAUUCGCACGGGUGUCCGGACUGGUCAGCCUUGCGGGACGCGUGGUCACACAGAGUCUCACUACUUCGCCCGUCUGAGCGACGCUUGGCGUACAAAGUUUGGCGACGACGCUGAGCUCCCCGACUGGGUGGAGCUGCUUAGGAAGAGGGUAGAUAUCUUUUCUCUGGACUAUGAUGCUAUUCUCACUGCAAUGUAUACAUUGUCUACUAGUGCCGAGGGAGUCUGUCACCUGUGUGUGCCGCCAGACCCCGGUAUCCAGUCUGCUGCUCCAGGUGCUGGUGAGGCUGCUACUCUAGGCGCUCGUGAGUCUGCUGCUUCAGGUGCUUGUGAGUCUGCGCUUUCAGGUACUACGUCUACUGAGGCACUGCACACCUUCACACUGGACUCAGGUGCUUCCAGCUGUUUCUUUCGCGACCGCACUGCCCUAGAGCAGCUCCCUAGACCGGUUGCUAUCUCCCUGGCUGACCCCUCCGGGGGUCCGGUCCUUGCGACCUCCACCACUGCCCUCCCUUGUCCUGCUGUCCCGUCCGGCACCCUGUCGGGCCUUUACCUCCCCUCAUUCUCUACGAACUUGGUUGUGGAUUCUGCGCUCCAGGACGCGGGUGUUCACCAGUUCACCCCUGCCUACGAGCGUGUGACACACUGCACGUGUGCCCAGACGGGUCGUCACUUGGCUACCUUCACUCGGCAGCCGGGGUCGGACUUGUACACACUGACCACUGCGUCCCCUCAGGUAGCGGCGUUUGCUUCUGCGUCAGGUCAGUUGUCCGCCCCCUGCUCGUGUUGCACCCUGUCGCACCGGACUGUCCUCUGGCACCACCGCCUUGGUCACCCCUCCGUGCAGCGCCUUCGUGGUAUGCACUCCCGGUACCUUGUCUUUGGUCUUCCCAGGGUUCUCCCUCCCCUCCCACCCUCGCCUGCUCCUCCCUGUCUUCCCUGUAUCGAGGGGCGGCAGCGCGCCACUCCUCACUCCUCCUCGUUCCCUCGCACAGAGGCUCCCCUGCAGACUCUCCACCUAGACGUGUGGGGCCCAGCCCGCGUCCGUGGACAGGGCCACGAGCGGUACUUCCUGCUGGUCAUCGACGACUACACGCGCUACACCACGCUCCGCGAGCGGUUUCAGUUGGACUUUCCUGUCCUGCGUCUGCACUCUGACAGGGGUGGUGAUUUUUCCUCCGACCUCUUGGCAGCCUACUGUGCGGAGCACGGCAUCCGCCAGACGUUCACGCUUCCGGCCUCUCCACAGCAGAAUGGGGUUGCUGACCGCCGCAUUGGCUUAGUCAUGGAGGUCGUUCGUACCUCCAUGAUCCAUGCGGCUGCCCCCCAUUUCCUGUGGCCGUUUGCAGUGCAGUACGCUGCACAUCAGUUUAACCUCUGGCUCCGUGUCUCUGCUCCGGAGACCUCGCCCACACUGCGUUGGACGGGGAAGGUUGGCGAUGCGUCGGUGUUCCGGGUCUGGGGAUGUCGAGCCUUUGUCCGCGAUACGUCUGCAGACAAGCUCUCCUCCUAUGCCGUUCCCUGUGUCUUCCUUGGCUUUGUCCCUGACGCGCCUGGCUGGCAGUUUUACCACCCCACCUCGCGCCGUGUCUUCCCCUCUCAGGACGUCACUUUUGACGAGUCGGUACCCUUUUACCGUCUGUUCCCCUACCGCACUGCCCCACUCCCCCCUCCGCCUCUCUUCCUCACGCCAGGUGCUGCUUCGGUAGACCCCCUACCUCCCCAGGGUCCUGUGCCCUCAAGUUUUUCCCAGGUAAACCCGGUCGAGCCUGUCGAGGUAGCUGUCGACUCUGGUCCUGCGCGAGGGGUGCUGAGACUGGGGGUGCUGAGCCUGGGGGUGCUGAGACUGGCAGUGCUGAGCCUGGGGGAGCUGAGACUGACUGUGCUGCGCCUGAUGGCGCUCCCUCUUCACAGCAGCUGCGUGAGCGGUACUCUCAGCGUUGCAGCCUCCAGCGUGGGGCUCCUGGAGCUGGGGGUUCUGCCGGAGUUGGAGCUGGUGGUACUGCGGGUGCUGUGUCGCGGCCGGAGCCUCCCUCCCCACAGCGGCUGCGUGAGUGGUACGCUCGACGCUGCAGCCUCCGGAGCGGCGCUCCUAGCACUGGGGUGCCGCCCGCUGGAGGCCCUGGUGCUGCUGGAGGUACUGGAGCCUCCGGUCAUGGAGGUGCUCGUACAAGCGGUAAUGGAGCUGCUGGGACUGGGGGUUCUGCUGGAGGUGGAGCUGGAGCCGCUGGAGCUGGUGCUACUGGAGGUGCUGCCGGUGCUGGAGCUGCUGGAGGUACUGCUGGUGCUGGAGCUGCUGGAGGUGCUGCUGGUGCUGGAGUUGGAGCUGGAGGUGCUGGAGCUGCUGGAGCUGCCGGUGGAGCUGAGGCCGCUGGGCCUACUGGAGUUGUUGUAG